AUGUCCACCCCCAUCGUCCCCUACGAAAUCGCCGAAGUCAUCCGGCUCAAGAAAUCCCAGUACUGCCGGUUCGCGGAUACACACGAAUGGGCCUCCUUCGACAACAUCUUCCUUCCCUCGCUGAAAGCCUCCUUCAACAGCCCCGACGGGUCCAUCCUAGUCGAAAACGGGGUGACAUUCUCAUUCGAGAGCCGCGAGGCCUUCGUCGGGUUCUUCGCCAAGGCAUUCGAGACGCAGCAGACGAUUCAUGUUGUUGGGCCUGGGGAGUUGGAGCGCGUUGCUGAGGACGAGGUGCGUGCUGUGUGGCCGGCGACGUACCAUGCGGCGAGUCUAGGAGUUAACGGGGGGUGGAGGGGGACUGGGGGAGGGUUUUAUCAUGAGGUUUGGAAGAAGGUGGAUGGGGAUUGGUUUAUGGCGACUUUGAGGUUUGAGAGGUGGUUCUGGAGGGUGAAUGAGGAUUGA